AUGGAGGAGAGCGGGAAAAGCCUGUACGAGGUGCUGUGUGUCGACAAGGCGGCCAGCCAGUCUGACAUCAAGAAGGCAUACUAUAAGCUGGCCCUGCAGCUGCACCCGGACAAGAAUCCUGGGAACGAGGAUGCCCACCGCAAGUUCCAGGCGCUGCAGCGCAUCUACGCAGUCCUGGGAAACCCCGACAAGCGUGCCCUGUACGACGAGACCGGCAGCCUGCAGGACUGCGAGGAGUUGGCAGAGGGGGGGCUGGGGGGCGGGGCAGGCGGCGCGUUUGCUGGGCUCUACAGGGCCUACUCCGCUCUGUUCAAGAAGAUUGACGAGCAGGACAUCAUCACAUUCGCGGCCAAGUACCGCGGCUCUGAUGAGGAGCGCGCCGACCUGCUGCGGCACUACACGGAGUGCAAUGGCAACAUGGGGCGACUGUUUGAGAGCGUGAUGCUGUCGCGGCCUGAGCUGGACUCCCACAGGUUCAUGGCCGCCAUUGACGACGCCAUUGACAAGGGCGAGGUGAAGCGCACCAAGGCCUACACAAAGUGGGCCAAGGCCACCGCGGCCAAGCCGCCCCCCAGCACAGACCCUCUUGCGCCGGAGGAGCUGGCCGGCAGCGGCAGUGGCGGCCGCAAGAAGGAUGGCGGCAAGAGGAGGGGCGGCGAGGGGAGCGAGGCGGCGCUGGUGGCCGCCAUCCAGGGGAAGCAGGGCAACCGCAUGGCCGCCACCCUGGCGUCCCUGGAGGCCAAGUACGGCGCCAAGAGUAGUGACGCCGGGAAACGCAAGGCCGCCAAGGAGAACAAGGGCGGCAGCAGCAGCAGCAAGAAACACAGCAGCAAAAAGCGGCGGCGCGGCGGGGAGGGCGAUGGCAGCGGCGGCUCUGGUGCUGGCAGCGACGGCGGCGGCGAGGACGAGGGGGCGGGCGCCGAGCCGACGGAGGAGGAGUUUGAGGCGGCGCGGCGGCGGAUGGAGGCCAAGCGUGCAGGGGUGGCUUCAGAAAAUGGAAGCGGCGGCGGCAGCGGCAAGGAGCUCGGGAAGGCCAGGGCGGCGGGCGGUAGCCGCGGCAAGCCCAAGAAGCACAAAUGA